CGGCAGGGGGUAUCCCGGUAAAUCACUACUUGCAGUAGAAACACAACAGAGUCCUUGGUUUCAUCACUGCUCACAGUACCAGAAAAUUCAAAUAGUAAAACAGGAUAAGAAGAUUAGUAGUAUAGUAUCUCCGUGAAUUUUUAUACCAAUGCCUCUCUUUUUCCGGCAACUGCAUUUUAUUACUAGAUUAAUGAUUUUCUUUAGUAAUUAAUUGAUUGUAGCUGGCGCUGCUGCUCAUUUUUGUGUCGCUGUGCCUGUCCAUCUAUCGAUCAAUGGAUGUACCAGAUUUUCAAAAAAUCUCUCUUGCAAUGUAAUGAAAUGAAAUUACAGGUGCGUUGGAGUAUAAGAGGUGCAAUUCUCCAAUGGAGCCUCCGUGUAGAUCUUUCGCAUCAGUCAGUGCAGCUGAGAACAAACCAUUCUAUUUCUUACAUGCAGUGUAUGAGGGCAUCAUAGCUGGAGGUGCUGCAGGUGUUAUUGCAGAAGCAGUUUUAUACCCUAUUGAUACAAUUAAAACUCGAUUGCAGGCUGUUCAUGGUGGAGGGAAAAUCAAUUUGAAGGGUCUUUAUUCUGGAUUGGCUGGAAAUCUUGCUGGUGUCUUACCGGCUUCUGCUAUAUUUGUUGGCGUAUAUGAACCCACAAAGCAGAAAUUGCUAAAAUCUUUGCCCGAAAACCUCAGUGCCGUAGCCCAGCUGACUGCAGGUGCCAUUGGAGGUGCUGCUUCUUCUCUUAUUCGUGUGCCAACAGAGGUUGUUAAGCAAAGGAUGCAAACUGGGCAAUUUGCUUCAGCCCCUGAUGCCAUCCAUCUUAUUGUCUCUAAGGAGGGUUUUAAAGGUCUCUAUGCGGGGUAUGGAUCCUUUUUAUUGAGAGACUUGCCAUUUGAUGCAAUUCAGUUUUGCAUCUAUGAGCAAAUGCUAAUGGGAUAUAAGUUAGCGGCAAAGAGAGAUCCGAAGGAUGCGGAGAUCGCUAUAGUUGGUGCUUUUGCUGGUGCAAUAACUGGAGCCAUGACUACUCCACUCGAUGUAGUGAAAACCAGAUUAAUGGUCCAGGGAUCUGCUAACCAGUACAAAGGGAUUUUUGAUUGUGCCAGGACCAUAGCAAAAGAAGAAGGAACCCGUGCUCUUUUGAAGGGUGUAGGACCAAGAGUAUUAUGGAUCGGUGUUGGAGGUGCCAUCUUCUUUGGUGUCCUUGAAAAGACAAGGCAAAUACUCGCUCAAAGGUGCCCAGAGCCUAAGAUGUGAGCAAGAUUUAACUUUGCUAAUCUCUAGGUUGAAACAUUUCAACACACUUCAAUGUCUGAAUUUUUUGUUCACUACAAAGAAAAGAAAAGAGAAGGUUAUGUAUAUUGUUCAUCUCCACGGGCUUGUCUCUGACCAAUAGCAACCCUUCUCGUGAAUCUCGUUAAUGUGGAAGAUGAGCUUUUGAUUAUGGGAUAUCAUAAUAUUUCAACUUCAGCAUACUUCACAUUAUUUCUACUUUUAUCUUUAAAAAAUCGCUUUGAUUGUGUGUAA